GGUGGGGGGGGGAGAGUGAUUGCAUCUUAAGGAGUUGGCUCGGAGAUAAAGGAUGCAUUGUUAGUUCGAUGGAGUCUUGGGGUCAGGAAACAAACUGAAACAUAACAAAACACACACACAGCACUGUCAGUCAGUCGAGGCUGCUUUGAAGAAGGCUCGAGUCUGGCUGAACAGAUUCUGGGAUAAGUCACUUGGACAUGGGCCAACUGGGAUGCAUACUUUCGGUUGGGAUUAUUCUGACAACUGUUGUCUAUUGUCAACGUACUGGCGUUAGACCUCGACCUAAGCGUCCCAAAGUGGUCACACCACCACCAGUCAUUGAACCUACAGAACCCAACCAUGCCACCACCCUCCCACCGCCCUUUCCUCCAGGCCCACCUUCAGUCUUCCCGGACUGCCCUAGAGAGUGCACGUGCCCUACGAUCUACCCCAAUGCCCUCUACUGUGACAGCCGGAAUCUGAGAGUGGUGCCCAUCAUUCCAUCCAGGAUUCAUUACCUCUACCUCCAAAAUAACUUCAUAGACUCUCUGCCGGAGAAGGCCUUCAGGAAUGCUACGGAGCUGAGGUGGAUCAACCUGGACAACAACAGGAUCUCCAACAAGAAGGUCGAUAAGAAGGUCUUCGAUACUUUGACCAGCCUUCUCUUCCUAUACAUGGAGAAGAACAGGUUGGAAGAGGUCCCUUCAAAUCUACCGUCUAGUCUAGAGCAGCUGCGAUUGGCCGGUAACCAGAUCUCUAAGAUCCCCUCCGGGGCUUUCAGCAAGUUGCAGAACCUGACCUUGCUCGACCUUCACCGCAACAAGCUGACCGACCGGGUCCUGAACAAAAAUACCUUCAAGGGUCUCAAGAGCCUAAUGCAACUGAACUUGGCUCACAAUUCCCUGAGAAAGAUGCCUCCCACCAUCCCUAAGCAUAUCUUCCAACUCUACCUGGACAAGAACAGCAUCAAGGAAAUACCCAACGGCUACUUUAACAACUUCCACCACCUCAUGUUUUUGAGGCUGAAUUUCAACCAGUUGACGGACACCGGGAUCCCCAAUGGGAUCUUUAACGUAUCGUCACUGUUGGACCUUCACCUGUCCCACAACAAGCUCAACGCCAUCCCUUCUUUCAACCGAAAGCUGGAGCACCUGUACCUUAGCCACAACCACAUUGAAAAAAUCAACGGGACUGAAAUCUGCCCCUACCCCGUGAGCAAGAUUGACCUGCUGUUCAAUGACUUGGAGAAGUUGCCACGACUGCGUUAUCUGAGACUAGACGGGAACUCAUUGCAGCAGCCCGUGCCCAUGGACAUAAUGAUGUGUUUCAGACUCUUACGAAUGAUUGUGUUGUGAAUGUUUUUUACUCAAUGUGGAACACCUUUCGAGGCCACCUUUCUAUUUUUUUCUCUCUUUAAAAACAAGCAAGCAGAUCAGCCUGACUAC